AUGGCGGGAACAAUACAGGACGCAGUGAGCAAGGCAGGCUCCCGGCCGCUGCUCGUACUGGGGGAUUUCAACGCCCCUCACACAACAUGGGGAUAUCGGUUCUGUUCGAAAAGAGGGAGAGAACUAGCACAUUUGAUAGAACAGCACAACUUGACCCUACUCAACGAGCCCGACACACCCACCCGCAUGGGCACGAGCACGACCAGAGACACCACGCCGGACCUCUCGCUCCUGAUGGGGACUCUGGAUGCCUCAUGGCAAAACGUGGGAACGAAUCUGGGGUCGGACCACGACGUAAUCCGAAUCACAAUCAGAGGUCCCACCCUCAAGGUGAAGACGGGCACGGCGAGGAUUACCAAUUGGGAUAAGCUGAGAAAGGAGCAAGAAGAGGAAUCGGAUGAGGAAGAAUGGGCAGUAACACAAACGUACGAGACCUGGGAGAAACAGCAGCUCGACAUCGUAUAA